AUGAUUGAAUGCUCGAUGUUUGGGUACUUGGAGAUGAUUGAUGGAUUGUGCUCAUAUCUAAGAUUUUAUAACAGAACUGAUACGGUGGUUAGAGAACGAAUAUAUUCAAAUGGAUUAAGAUCGUUGACUGUUGCCGUAGAAGACGAAGAUGUGUAUUUGGUGAGUCGGAGUUUACCUGAUAUGAACAAGAGUAGAGUGUCAUUUUGCUCGGUGGUUCAGAAGACACGGGUUAUUACAUCCAGAGGACUUGAAGGGUUUUUAUCUGCACUCGGAUUUGUGUUUGUGAAGGAAAAUAAGGUAUCAGUGACAAGUUUCCGCAGGCAUCCAGUGGAAGUUGAGAUUUCUAAAUGGAAAAGCGAAUAUUCAAACGUAGACAGAUUACAUCUUGUGAAGGUUUCUGUGACCACAGAAAAUGCAAAUGAUGGAGAAAGGAUUUUGAGUAAAAUGGUUGAGGAGUUAGAAAGUCAGGUUCAACUUCUGAGACCGAAUUUGAAGUAG